AUGUCAGAAUAAAAAGAAAGUUUAUUAUAGGGAUAGCUUUUUGAUAAUUUAAGAUCUUUGAUUUCACUCAUUGAUUAAUUAAGAGACUUAGGAGUUUAAGAAUACAUUAAAUUACCAAGAAUAGCUGUAUUGGGAAGUUAGAGUGCAGGAAAAAGUAGUCUUUUGGAAAACAUUGUUGGAUUGGAUUUCUUACCAAGAGGAGAAGGAAUUGUAACAAGAAGACCUUUGGAAAUGAGAUUAAUUCAUAAACCUGAUGCAUUAAAACCAUGGGCAGUGUUUGAAGUGUGUAAAGAUCAAAAAUUCUUUGAUUUUGAGAAGGUUAGAGAAUACAUUGUAGAAUUGACAGAUAAAGCAACAGGAAAUUCAAAAGGUAUUUAGUAAUGAUAAUAUUAAACUAGAUGUUGUACCUGAUCCAAUAGUAAUGACUGUCUAUUCAAGAGAUUGUCCAGAUUUGACAGUAAUUGAUUUACCAGGAAUUACAAGAAUAGCAAUUAAAGGAUAAAGAGAAGACAUUGAAAAAGUUACAUUAGAGAUGGCCACUCAUUAUUGUUAAGAUGAAAGAACAAUAAUCUUAGCUGUAUGUCCAGCCAAUCAAGAUUUAUCAACAAGUGAUGGACUACAAUUAGCAAUCAAAUUAGAUCCUACAGGAUCAAGAACUCUAGGUGUUAUUACAAAAGUAAUUAUAUAUAUUGAAUCUAGAUUGAUAUCAUGGAUUAAGGAACAGAUUGCAGAAAGGAAUUAUUAGGAUAAGUAAUUCCAUUGAAAUUAGGUUAUGUUGGUGUGAAAAACAGAAAUUAAAAAGACAUCAACGAAAAGGUUAGAGUUGGUGUUGCAUUGUAAAGAGAAACAGAUUUCUUUGCAAAACAUCCAUUAUACUCUUAGAUGCCUCCAGAUAUUAUGGGAACAAAGGCAUUGAUUCAGAAAUUAACUAAUAUCUUGUUUAAACAGUAUAUAUCUACAAUAUAAUCAAAGUAUUCGAGCAUCCUUACCUCAAAUCAUCAGAGAAAUCGAUUUGAAAGUAUAAGAUUGUGAAGUUAAACUUGCUUAACUUGGUCCAGGAUUACCAAGAGAUAAUAAAGAAAAGAUGCAAGUUAUAUGGAAUAUGUUGACUGAAUAUACAGAAAAUCUAAAUAAUAAAUUAAGAGGAAAAUUCGAUGUCAAAUAAGCAUUACAAAAAGAUACUUAAAUCUCUGGAGGAGCUUAAGUGAAACUCUAUUUAAAUGAUCUUUAUAAUGAGUAUUCUAUUUAUUAUUAAGAUUUAGUCAAGCUGGUAAAAAUUAUAGAGUCAGCAGAGAAUACACAGAUAGAGAAAUUAGAGAAGCUAUUAGAUUACAUUAAGGUGAUUCAAUUCCAGGAUUCCCCUCUUUCGAUAGCUUUCUAUAUUUAAUCAUGCCAUAAUUAGAGAGAUUAAGAGAGCCUGCAAUAGAUACUUUAAAUGAAGUGUUUACCUAUGUUGAUUCAUUAUCAAAUAGCAUAUUGAAAAAAGUGUUUUAUAGAUUCCCAACAAUUUUAGAUGCUAUUUCAGAUAUCAGUUCUUAAGUUCUGACAGAAUAAAAGAAUAAAACUAAAGUUGUAGUUGAAAAUUUAAUUGAUUCUGAAUUAGGAUACAUUUUCACAAAUGAUCAAGAUUAUUUAACAAUGAAUGCUAGCAUUAUUCCAGUAUAAUCUAUAUAUCCUAUAUCAUUUUAGUAAGAAGAUAAAGAAGAUUAAAAGAGUGCAGCUGCUGCUCCAUAAGGUGACAAUGCAACAGGUACUGCAAAUACAACCACUACAACUACAACAACUAAUAAGUCUGCAUAAUAAGCCAAUAAAGAUACAGAUCCUGAAAAAGUUUUAGCUUAAGAAUUGAGCAGAAGAUUAGAUGCAUAUUAUAGAAUAGUCAUAAGAAAUUUAAGGGAUUCUAUUCCUAAGGCAAUAGGUUAUUUCUUAGUUAGAGCUGCUUAAGAAUAAAUGCAAUUUUAAUUAUAUAAUGAAAUCAUGAAAAGUUAGUCAGUGAUGGGAUUGAUGUCUGAAGUAAAUAAUUUAUUUAAAUAUAGCCUGAAUACAUUACAAUAGAAAGAGAUACCAUCAAAAAGACAUUGUUAGUAUUGAGAAAUGCUUAAAAACUAUUGAAAUAGGAUCCAUAGUAUUUUACAUAUUUAAACAAAAUAGAUAAACAUUCCAACGACAAACUAGUGAAGCUGUUAUGGAUAAGGUAAAGAAAACAGCAGCAGAAACAAUUAAUAAAACAAAAAGAUUUCUUGGGAUGUGAU